CGGGGUUUAUACUCUCCCAUUGACGCUUUAAAGGUGACUCCUGUCGGCUCUGUGGGGACAGUCGGGCUGUGAUCCUCCACCUCGUCGUGUUUGGGUGAAGCAGCAGCAGCAGCAGCAGCAGCUCCUCGUUUCACUGACGGACAUCCGUCCACAGCAGUCCUGCCUCCCCUCCGAGCCCCCUUGGAAAAGUGAUUUUCACCUCCGGAGGUCAACUUGCCCAGCCUGAGGAUGGAGAAGUACGAGAAGAUUGGGAAGAUUGGCGAGGGCUCCUACGGCGUCGUCUUCAAGUGCAGAAACAAAGACACGGGGCAGAUUGUCGCCAUCAAGAAGUUUGUGGAGUCAGAGGAUGAUCCCAUCAUCAAAAAGAUUGCACUGAGGGAGAUCAGGAUGCUGAAGCAACUGAAACACGCCAACCUGGUGAACCUGAUCGAGGUGUUUCGCCGCAAACGGAAGCUUCACCUCGUGUUCGAGUACUGCGACCACACGGUCCUCAACGAGCUCGACCGCCAUCCCAGAGGCGUUCCAGAGCACCUUUUAAAAAGCAUAACCUGGCAGACGCUUCAGGCCGUCAACUUCUGUCACAAGCAAAACUGCAUCCACCGAGACGUCAAGCCGGAAAAUAUUCUCAUCACAAAGCACCAAGUCAUCAAACUCUGUGACUUUGGGUUUGCCAGGAUUCUGACUGGCCCAUGUGACUACUACACAGACUACGUGGCCACUCGCUGGUACCGGGCCCCCGAGCUGCUGGUGGGAGACACUCAGUACGGCCCUCCGGUGGACGUCUGGGCGAUCGGUUGUGUGUUCGCCGAGCUGCUGUCUGGGAUUCCUCUGUGGCCCGGGAAGUCUGACAUGGACCAGCUGUACCUGAUCAGAAAGACGCUCGGAGAUCUGAUCCCUCGACACCAGCAGGUCUUCAGCAACAACCAGUUCUUCUGCGGCGUUUCCAUCCCAGAGCCACAAGAGAUGGAACCUUUGGAGCAGAAAUAUCCAAAUCUCUCGCAUCAAGCCCUGAGUGUCAUGAAGGGUUGUCUGAGGAUGGACCCGUCCGAGCGGCUGACCUGCGAGCAGCUCCUCCAACAUCCGUACUUCGACAGCCUGCGAGAGAAGAGCGAGAGCACCUCCCGAGAGCAGGACCGCCACAGCAACAGGAGGACACGUUUACCUCGCAAACACCUUCCCCCCGGGUAUUUGCCUCAGCUGACCAGCAGCAGCAUCUUCCCAGCUGUGGACAGUAAGAGGUACUACAACAACCUGCGCAAGUUCAACUACCACCUUCCCAACAUCUAAACUGGCUGCUCUCAAGCUGAAUAACGACACCAUCAACAAGCGGCGUUUUCUGGAAAAAAAAAGAAAAAAGAAAAAAAAAACUCAGGAAAUGAAGCAGAUUCUGGUAGCACUUUGGGUUUAAACACAGUCAAGAGAAUUCAAACACUUCUUAGAGUUUGUGUUGAUCACGAGGGGUGUGUCAGUCUAUGCACUAUUUCCCGACAUGUGGACUCGGACGUGUUGGUUUAUGUUCGUUGCCCAUAUUUCAAGCUGAUUUUGCUGUAUUUUGUAUAGACGUGCAAAGACAAGGAGCGACGUGCUGCUCCGCUCGUAGUCGACCGAAGGUAAAACUACGACGUCCAGCCUUGCCUGGUUUGCCAAAUGUAGUUUUCAUAUAACGGUGGACUCUGUAAGAGUGACAUGAUGUUGUUAGUAAGUCUCAUGAUGUUUAAUUGUCUCGAGUAAGUUAUAACGUGGGCCUUUUUUUGACAAGUAUAACAACUCGUGAACAUUUCUGAAGAUAUUUAUUGACGUCAGGAGUGAAGACGGUCGUACACAUUCCCACAUUUACUAGCAUACAGCAGUAGCAAUACCACACUGCACUCAUUAUCUCUGGAGCUUUAGGUGCUAAGGAUGCUCACAGCCAUCGUUCUGUCCUCAGAUAAUGUACAAAUGCCAAACUAAUCUAAAGAGAAAUGGUGUAAAAGACUCUUGAAGUGCUCAGCAUUUCACAAAUUAUUUUCUCUGUGUACCCACAUAUGGAGUAACCUUUAAUACCUUAAAUGUUUAGAUUAUAAUAAACUAAAGAAGAGUUCAUUCUAUCACAAAAACAAA